AUGUCUCUCCCUCGUGCUCCCAAUCCCUUCCGGCACCCGAACAAAUCCCGCCACUACUCUCGCCUGGCCUGCCAAAUAUCCGGAUCUACAAUCCCCCGCCGCCCCAAUCGCAUCACCACCUCCACGGCAUCUCCAAGACCAGCUGGACCAGAACCACGAACAAGAACGCCAGCACCCAGCACGAAACGAUCCUUCCACACCACCCACCCCCUCUCCGCCGCGCGCGCCCCCAAAAUCCGCAUUGCCGAAAACACACGCUCCCGAGCUCGCCCCGCCUUCUCGAACGACGGACUCUACCAAGGCGGCGUGGUCAAUGACAUCCCGAACCGCUUGAAAACCCUAGAGGAACUUGGCCCUAAGCUCUGGCGGACCAGUAUUAUCGAAGGCUUUGUGGAUGAGGAUGUGGAUCGGAAGACGUUCAUGUAUGUUGCGCGAGGCGUGCUGAAGAGUGCCGCGAGUCGAGCUCCGUCUGGUGCUGCCGUUAGGGAGAUUUCAGAGAACCCCGACCUCGUCUUCAAAAUCGGCCAUGUCGUAGCCACCAACUCCCCGAGCCUCAUGCAAUGGGUCAUCUCGUCGACUGCCCAAGCCGGCGCCAUCAUACCAACCCUGAUGUCUGCGAGUCGCGCGCUCGCCAAAGCAGACUCCUCCCCCGGCACCACUGUCCCCCAACGAACCCCCAUCUUCGAAAAGGUCGAACACCUCGCGCUCGAAGCCCACGACCCCCGCGCCAUGCUCAUCCACGCCAAGCUCCUCGGCCAACAAAAGCGCUACCCAGAGGCCCUCCAGCUCGCUGAAUCCGUCAUGUCCAUGAUCUACCCAUCGAAGACCAACCCGCCGCCGACACGAAGCAUGGACAUCCCGAACCUCGAGCCCCCAUGGGCCAUAUACAGCUGGCUGAAGCGCUGCGCUAAGCCCGAGACAUCGGAACCAACGUCGGAGCCGGAGCUGAAGCCGGAAACAGACACGGAUAUGGAUAUGGAUAUGGAUAUGCUCAAGACCGCCGCCCUGGAGUACCAGGACCCCGAAGCGCUAGUCACCUACGCAACCCACAUGAUGGCGACCAACGACCUCGCCAAAUACGAAGAAUGCAUGAGCAAAGCCGCCACGGCGGGGUAUGCCCCUGCGUGCCGCAAGCUCGCCAACUUCUACUACCUCACCUCUCAGGGCCGGUUUCCUCGUCGCGGGACCAAGUCCACCGACCCCGCGGGGGACUUCGAGCGCGCGAAAGCUGCGAACGAGCGAGCGGCGGCCCCCGGCGCUAGCAAGCUCAAGGCCUUCCUUUCCGGCCUGUUCGGCCCGCAGCCGUACCAUGAGUAUCGCGGGUUGGCGAUCGAGUGGUACGAGCUGGCGUUUCGGCACGGGUGUCCUCGGGCGGCGCUGGCGCUGGCGAUCCUGAUGAGGGAGAACGGGGAGGCCAUGGAGACGGUGGAGCCUGUUUUUCAGUACGUGUUGAUGUCGUCGGCGCAGUUGGGUGGGCUGAUCAGGCCGUUUCGGGUGAAUUGGGAGAGGGAGGAUUAUGUGCCGAUGGUUCCGGGGGAGGUUUUGGAUGUAUAGUUAUGAGUCGCCUGUGUAUAGUAUAUAAUAUUUUU